AUGGAGAACUUGUCCAUCGUGAGCAACUUGGGUCAGGUGUUGGUGCAGGAGCUCCAGGAGAUACGGGGCGUCGGCGACAAGGUCGUCCACCUGCGGGACGAACUGGCGACCAUGAACGCCGCCCUUCGCAUCAUCUCUGAGGCGGAUCAGGAAUCCGUCGACCGCCUCGUCCGGGAGUGGGAGAAGCAGGUGCUUGAUCUCGCCUACGACGCUGAGGACUGCACCGACACCUACUCCCUCUGCAUCACCCGCCCAACCCCACAUCCACCAAGUGACGUCGCCCCUAAUCACGGGCUCAUCUUCUCCUGGGCCGGAUACCUGCUUUCCCGCGCCAAGCGGAUGGGCAGGUACCCGUACGAGAAGCUUGUGCUGCAGCGCACCCUCGCCGCUGACAUCAAAGCCCUCUUGGCACGUACCACCGCCGUCAGCGAACGCCGCGUUCGCUAUGGCAUCGACCGGGCGGCGCUACCGAGAGCCGCCUGCUUUGCCCUAGCCUCGGCGGCAUCCGUCUCCACGAAUGCUCUCCGCCGUGUCGACGACCCUAAUCAGUUUGUCGGCAUCACGGAACAGGCCAAUGCCUUGGCCAAGAAGAUCAAGGCGGCGGUGAUCCAUGAUCAGGAUGACAAGAUGAAAGCGCCCGUCCAUGCUGAGGAUGACCAGAUCAAGGCGGAUGAUGAGGAUGGCAACAGGCUCAAGGUGUUCUCCAUUGUGGGCUUCGGAGGGCUAGGGAAGACAACCCUGGCCAUGGAGCUGUGCCAGCGGCUGGAUGCGGACUUCCCUUGCCAGGCGCUGGUGUCCGUGUCACAAGGGUUCCAUGCCGAGAAGGACAUGAAAGGACUGUUGGUACGGGUGCUCCAGCAGAUCCCAAGGGAGAAAUCAGAUGAUGAGCAAAUACAUGGGAUGGAUGUGGAAAAGUUGUACAACAAGAUCAAGGAGCUCCUUGAUCAUAAGAGGUAUCUCAUUGUUAUCGAUGAUGUAUGGAACCUAGCAGCCUGGGAAGCUAUCCGCCUCAAAUUGCCAGAAAAUAAUUCCGGCAGCAGAAUCAUUGUGACAACUCGGAUAGAGACGGUGGCCAAGGCAGCUAGUGUCUACUUUGUCCAUCAUAUGGAGCCCAUGAAAUUAGAGGCUAGUAAGGAACUGUUCAUGAAUAGAGUAUUUGGCCCCAUGGCUUAUUGCCUGGGUGGACAGGAAAAAUACAUGGACACAAUUUUGAAAAAAUGUGGCGGGAUGCCAUUGGCCAUCAUUAGCAUCGCCAGCCUUCUGACAAACUAUAGGUCGGUUGAAGGCAUAACAGUAUGGGAAAGAGUUUCUAGAUCAAUUGGUUCUCAGAUGGAGAGCCACCCUACCCUCGAGAGGAUGAGGCAGGUGAUUACACUCAGCUAUGACUACCUGCCUCGUCAUCUCAAGGCCUGCAUGAUGUAUCUCAGCAUUUUCCCAGAGCAUUAUGUGAUUGGAAAAUAUAGGCUGCUAUACAGAUGGAUUGCCGAAGGUUUGGUCACUGAGAAGCGAGGGCUGACUUUGUUGGAGGUUGCACAAGAAUAUUUGAAUGAGUUGAUAAAUAGGAACAUGAUUCAGCUGGAAAAGUUUGUAUUGGAACAAUAUGGUUCUACAAAAGUAGAAGUAGAGGGGUGCCGGGUGCAUGACAUGAUCCUUGAGGUCAUGGUGUCCAAAUCCAAGGAUUAUGGCCUUGAGAAGCUCUUGGACCGUCUAGGCGAGUUCAAAUUGCUCAGGGUACUUGACCUAGAAGAUUGCAAGUCCCUGCGAGAUAAGCACAUGAGAGAUGUUUGCCGAUUGUAUCUCCUCAGGUUCUUGAGCUUGAGGGGUACAAAUGUCAAAGCGAUUCCUGACAAAAUUGGCAACCUAGAGCACUUGGAGACUCUUGAUAUAAAAAGUACAAGCAUCGGGAAGUUGUUGCCGCAAACUGUGACAAAGCUGAGCAAACUAGAGUGCCUCAGGUCCAAUGAGUGGCUUCUGCCAUGGGAGCUAGGGAACAUGAAGGCGUUGUGCGUGGUGGACACGGGAAUCCUCGAUGGCGAUGAUGUUCCAUUGGUUACCCAAGAGAUCGGCAAGCUACCACAGCUGCAGGUGCUAAGUAUCCGAAUUGAGACGGAUGAGUUCUUGCAGGAGUCUUUGACUAACCUUGCCACCUCCCUGAGCAAGACAAGCACUCUCCAAUCGCUCCAUCUGGAAUACUACGGGGGUAAGGACGGUUUGGAGUUUCUCCUUCAUGUCUCCACGCCGCCACCACUCCUCCAAUUCCUUGGUGUAUAUGGCCGCAUCAGCCAACUGACUGAAUGGAUCUCAUCACUCACACACCUCACCAAGUUUGUUCUAGGACGGACAGAACUUGUUGGCGACCAGUUAUUUCAUGUCUUGUGUAAGUUGCCAAAUCUGCAGAGCAUCCAACUGGGGCAUGGUAGCUACAAAGGACCAGGACUAGUUGCACGUGACCAAAGUUUCCCGGUGUUGAGGAUCUUGAAGGUGUUCGGAUGUAGCACCAUGCUCACAUUCGAGAAAAAAUCAAUGCCAGAGCUCGAGACACUUGUAUUGGACUUUGGUGACAUUACCCAAAUGGGCUUUGUUGGCGUCGAGAACUUGAACAGCCUUAAAGAGGUCAAGCUCCGUGGUUGGAAAAGCAACCCAGCAAUGCAGCGUGCAGUUGAGCAGCUCAAGACUCUCUCUGAGUCCAACAAGAUCAGAGUUGUAGUGGACUGGUGA